GCGAGGACUAGUAAUAGAGACACCUAUGUACUUGCUUCGACGGCACGUCCUAAAGUAGACAUGGAUGCCGGUCAUUCCUCAGCUCAUGGUGACAGGGACGGGUGUAUUCACACACGUCUUAGUUUUCGAGACCGUUGUAACGUACCCCAACCCUACGUCCCCCGAGCUCGCUCAAGUUCUCGCGAACCCGUCACCACUCGCCCAAAAAGGGCAUCUUCCAAGCCAUGCCGAAAGGCGGCUACGGAAGCGAGUAACAGUUGGUGCUGGUUCCAUAGGUCCUUCGGGUCUGGCGCCCGCCGUUGUCGAGCACCAUGCUCAUACAAGGCGGGAAACGCCAGCGCCGGCGAGUAAAAGCGGCCGUACUCGCCGGCCCUUCUCCCCAGGUUGGUCGCUUAUUCUAUGUGCACGAUUAUCGCACAAACGCUAGGUUCCUAGUAGACACUGGGGCCCAAGUUUCUGUCGUACCACGAGGUAGCAGCAAGUCACAAGCCACAGUGCUUCGACUACGCGCUGCGAAUGACUCAGUCAUUCCUACCUACGGUACACGACAACUCGCGGUCAACCUGUGCGAUCGACGACGGUAUCUGUGGACGUUCAUCAUUGCUGAUGUUCCCACAGCCAUACUAGGUAUCGAUUUUCUACAGCACUAUGAAUUGCUUGUCGAUUCACGUAGGCUGCAGCUAAUCGAUACUUCGUCGAACAGUAAAUUCAUGGGCUGUAAAGCCCACAUGAACGCGUACCGAAUCCUCGGCACUUUUUACUCGCGUGACGAUAAAUUCCACGCUUUAUUCGAAAAAUUCCCCGUACUCACUAAACCACUCGAGGAGAUUCCAUCGGUGACCGAUCGUGUGGUACACCACAUAGUCACCCGCGGACCGCCAGUCACGGCACGACCUCGCCGACUGGCACCGGACAAAUUAGCUUUCGCUAAACGUGAGUUUGACAAUUUACUAGCUACUAGUAUUAUUCGUCCUUCUCACAGUACAUGGGCCUCUUCUCUUCACAUGGUGCGCAGAAAAGAUAGGGUUAGUUGGAGACUAUGCGGCGACUACCGAGCUUUAAACGUAGUUACGCGCUUUGAUAGCUACCCCAUCCCUCACAUACACGACAUCACGGCAUCGCUCAAGGGCACGACCAUCUUUUCUAAGAUCGAUCUGGUACGAGCAUAUCAUCAGAUCCCAGUCGCUCUUGAAGAUAUCGAAAAAACUGCAAUCAUGACUCCUUUCGGUUUGUUUGAGUUCCUACGAAUGCCGUUUGGAUUACGGAAUGCUGCUCAAACUUUUCAAAGGUUUAUCGAUAGCAUUGUACAAGACCUCGAUUUUGUUCACGUCUAUUUUGAUGACCUGCUAAUCGCAUCAUCAAACGUAGAUGAACAUUAUCAACAUCUUACGCUAUUAUUCCAAAGCCUUUCGGAUAACGGAAUAGUUGUUAACCCAGAAAAUGCGAGUUGGGUAAACGAGAAAUAAUAUUUCUGGGUCAUGUUAUCAAGCAAGAGGGCAUUCUACUUUGUGAGGAUAAAGUGCAGGCAAUAAAGGAGUACAACGUGCUGUCCUCACUCAAGG